GCUACAGUCCGACGGGAGUAUUUGUUUUGCGCAGCCAUCAACUAACGGGCAACUUCCGUUUUCUUCCCUUUUCUUUCGGCCAACGCCAUUUCAAUUUACCCGGAAAAACAAGCCAAGCGGAGGAAACGAUUAAAGUUGGGCUGAUUGACGCAUAAGAAAUAUCUCUGACAGGCUUCUAACCUCCUCCACUUGAUCUCUGUACGCUCCUCCUUUACACCGUUUACUUGCUUGCAGCUGGCUUGUACAAGAUGGGGUGAGGUCCUUUCAUUCUUUCGUUGUUCCGUCCUCUGCGCUUGUUUUCUCUUUGGCUCUGCUUGCCCAGCUCCAAAUCUCAUGCCCAAAGAACAUGUCAUUCCAUUAUCCAGACGUUAUGGGCAGCUCCUUGGUUUGGUGCAUGAUCAACGACCAGGAUGUUGAAUGCGCGAUGGCAAAGGUUUCUGGUUAAAGUGGAUGUUGCUGCUUUUGAAGAUAAGUCGACAAUGUGAGAGGAGGUAUCAAAGAACAAAAUGGCUCUACACCCACACCUGUUACCCAAUAUGUCAGAGUUUCUGCCUUGGAUGGCUACACUGAAUAAGAGAAGACCAAAAUAACAGCUUUGAGAAAUGGCUCAAUUAGGCCAAUAGUUCCCGCUUUUGUGAAAAAGCCUGAAACUCCUCCAAGCAACAAUAGCCCACCCAUGGAUUAAAAUGUUGGCCGUGAGUAUAUAAAGUUUGUUUUUCUUGUUCUCUUGUGAUGUCUGGAUAAAAUUUUGAACUUGAGUUUGUGCAUCAUGUGCUGAAACUCCUCAAUAUGCACUUUCUGAACUUGAGUUUACUAAACCACUCAUGUAAAUAUGGAACAGAAGAGGAAAAGAAAUGGUGACACCAUGGCGACUUCGUAAGAACUGUGUUUUAGAUAUAUGUGAUGUAGACUUGCUUCUCUUACUCCCAAUCAAUUCUAAGGAACUUAUUUUAUCUAUCCGUUCCCUGCUUGUAUCCUCUUUCUCUUUCCCUUACAAUAUUUUGAAUGUGUUUGUAUUUUAUAGAAGCCGUGAAUUUCUUUGGCAAACAGGCCACACUUCUUUUAUGAAUGUGUUCUAAUACUUAAUUGUUUUAUAUUGAAUGGUUAUUUGUUUUGAUGCAUGUGUGAAUGUUUGUGUGGGAAACAUGGGGAAAUAUGAAACUAGAAACACCAACUUUUAGCAAAAAACAAGUGUUUGAUGAAUUUCUGAAGUGUUUCUGAAAUGGACACAUCCUCUUUCUCAAGAGUUUCAUGCUUCAUAAGUAUUACUUGUCCCUUCCAAAAUCUUUCAACCGAACAAGGACUAAAAAGACUUAUUUAAGCUCCAACUCUAACCCAUAUCUUUUUUGUAGCUCAGUGCUUUGUCUGUUUUUGUGCGACAAACAAAUAUUGUGUGGCUGGUAUUCAUAGCAUUCACAGGGAUUUUAGAUUAUACUCUUGAUCGUCAGAAGGAAAACAUGGAGUAUGCUGUCUCCAAUGAUCUAUGGGAUGAUCAGAUUGGGAUCAAACAUGAGAAAACGAAGAGCUGUUACUAAUCAUGCUAAUAAAAAGAGCCAUUUGAUUAGCCAUACAACUCACAGUUCCCCACAUCAUGCAUCAGAGUUGUUUGAUGAUAUAAGGGCAAUUAUUUCAUCAUCCUGGAAUAUGAAGUGGGAUCUUUUGGCUUCUUUUAGUUCGUUCUUUAUCACUUUGGUGGUUUUUGUCAUUUUUGUUCACUGGAAUGGGAGUAUAGUUGUAGGUGCAAAGGAAGCUCAUGCUGUUUCUCCCCAUUUUGCACAGCUGAAACUAGAAUUGAGCCUGUCCAGGUGAGCAAAAGCUUCCGCGAAGCGACAGGGGUUUCUUCUCUGGUGGCCAGGGAUGCGCGCGGUGGUUUCCAAGGCAGCACAGCGAUCAUCGAAGACUCUGCUCCAUCAGGGACAACUUUUCAGGACAACGCCAUCUCAGGUCGUCGCUUCAAGCUAGAGACCAGCAACUUAGAUUCUUUAGUUGUAUGCUAGGUACUGCUUUCUUAGAUUCUCCUUAGAGGACAUAACCAUGCCUGCAACUUGUCCCAAAGGAAAAUUAAUUAAAUAAAUAACAUUUUGACACAAUUUUCUUGGAUUUCCAAAGGAAAAAAUAAAAUCUAAUACUCCAAGAAAAUUAUGUCAAAAAGAAUAACAAAUCGGAAGCUGAUGUAGUAAGCAAGCAGUAUUAACAUCUUACAUGGAAGCAAUGCCUUCUUCUCUGAUAUAUUCUUCUAUUCAAUACUUUGGUUAACUUGGGAGCCAUAUCUCUGUCAUAGAGAUUACUGUCAUUUAGAAUUGUUGAAUAAGUAAGGAUUACCCAGCUUUAAUUUGUCUUGACUUCUAAUGAAC